AUGAGUAAGAAUGUUGGUAAGCUAGUGAAAAUAUGGAAUGAAUCAGAAGUUUUAGUUGAUAGAAAAUCGAAAUUUCAAGCAAGAUGUUGCCCAUUACAAAAUCAAAAGGAUAUACCCUCCAUACUCCAAGAACUAACGCAAAACAACAAAAGCGUCUCCAAGGCAUCCCACAUGCACAUGUAUGCCUGGAGAACGGCCGAGGUAUCAAAUAAUUUGCACUUACAACAAGAGCAGAAAAAGAAGGGCAAUAAAGCAAAUAAGAGUAAUAAUAGUCAUGUUAACAAGUCAAGGAACAUAACGGUGCAGCCAAAGAACAUUGAGCAAGGAUGUGCUGACUGUGGCGAAGCUGGUGCUGGACAGCGUUUAUUGACCUUACUUGAAAGAGCAAACAUAUUCAACGUCUUGGUAAUAGUGACCAGAUGGUAUGGUGGCACGCCUUUGGGCUCAUCAAGAUUCAGACACAUUUCAACAUGUGCAGUGGAAACCUUAAAGAAGGGUGGAUUUCUUCCUUAA